AUGCCUGGGCACGCCGGCCAGGGCAGGGGUUUUCGGGCUGUCAGCCCCUCGCUCCCGGCGGGUGUCAGUGACCCGCUCCUGCAGGGCUUGGGAGCAAGGCCCAAGAAAAAGCACAAGGAGAAGAAAAGGAAAAGGGAAGAGGAUGCGGCAGAGCAACUUGAUAUUGUUGGAAACUGGUGGGCUAUCAGUAAUUUCGGUGAAAUUACAGGAACUAUAGCUAUAGAAAUGGAUAAAGGAGCUUACAUCCAUGCCCUCGACAAUGGCUUGUUUACGCUUGGAGCACCACAUAAAGAUGAUGAAGGCCCUAGUCCUCCUGAACAGUUUACAGCAGUAAAGUUGUCUGAUACAAGGAUUGCUCUGAAGUCUGGUUAUGGCAAAUACCUUGGUAUAAAUUCAGAUGGACUUGUUGUUGGACGUUCAGAUGCCAUAGGUUCAAGAGAGCAAUGGGAACCUGUCUUCCAAGAUAAGAAAAUGGCAUUACUAGCAGCAAAUAGCCGUUUUAUUAGAUGUAAUGAAGAGGGAGACAUAGAAGCCAAAAGCAAAACUGCAGGGGAAGAAGAAAUGAUAAAGAUUCGUACUUGUGCUGAAAGAGAAGCAAAGAAGAAAGAUGAUGUUCCACAAGAAGACAAAGGAAAUGUUAAACAGUGUGAAAUCAAUUAUGUAAAGAAAUUCCAAAGUUUUCAAGACAAAAAGCUUAAAAUAAGCAAAGAAGAUACAAAAGCCCUCAGAAAAGCCAGGAAAGAAGGCACUUUUCAUGAAAUGCUGCUUGACAGGAGAGCAAAAGUGAAAGCAGAUAGAUACUGCAAAUGACAACCAGCUGGUCCAUUUUCUUCUGCAUCUCUGAUGAUAGGGUCAAAUUGAAACCAAGAGUAAAAUGUUUUAUAAUUAUUUUUUAUUGAAGGCGUUUUGCUGAUGUUUUUAUUACAUUAUUUUUAAAGGAUCACCUGAGAGCUAUAAUUAAGCAUCAAACUAAUGUCAUCUUUCAGUAAUGAAUACUGUUAAGUUUACUCUAAAACGACAUGCUAUUGAAAUAGUAAGAUAAUUAUUUAAUGAAAAAGAAAUUGACCCACUGAAUCUUCCAAGGUUGAUGAAAGGAACCUGAACUUGGAGACAGGGCAGAAGAGAACAACGAUGAAGUUCAGAAGUAAAAUAUGGUUGACACAUUGAACCGUUAAGAAAUAUGUAACUGUAUUGAACAAGAAGAAAUAAUUGAAAAUGCAUGUCUUGCAACACAUCAUACCAGAUCCUGAGUAGGACAUCUGUGGAGCCAUUCUACCCUGCAUCAGGUGAGGACUAGGCCAGAAUAUUCAGGCUUCAUAAAACAAUGUUCAAAACAGACCCACUGUUCAGGUUGAUAAAUGGCAUAAUCCGUAUGCUGGAAACAGUGUUGACAAGUCACAAGAACCCUAUUACAAAUGAAAAUGCAGGUGCUUCAUAAGAAAAGGGGAUGACUCUUUUGUGUUAGCAGGCCACUUAUUUUACAAGAGGGAAAAAUUGAUUUUGCGAACUUGCUGGUUUCUCUACAGCAUGGACUUUAAUUUCUUUAAUAAAACAGCAGAGACUUUUCU